GAGGUGUGGGAGCGCACAUGACUGACGCAGCAGGGGAAGGCCAAGGCGCUGUCUGGAGUUGUCAUGUCAACCGAGUGGAGCCCAGACGGCCGGCACUCAAGAUUCGCCCCUCUUUUCCUCUCUCCCUCUUCGUGGCCUAUCCCCGUGCCUCUUUCCCUCUCUCCCUCUUCGUGGCCUAUCCCCGUGCCUCUUUCCCUCUCUCCCUCUUCGUGGCCUAUCCCCGUGCCUCUUUCCCUCUAUCCCUCUUCGUGGCCUAUCCCCGUGCCUCUUUCCCUCUCUCCCUCUUCGUGGCCUAUCCCCGUGCCUCUUUCCCUCUCUCCCUCUUCGUGGCCUAUCCCCGUGCCUCUUUCCCUCUCUCCCUCUUCGUGGCCUAUCCCCGUGCCUCUUUCCCUCUCUCCCUCUUCGUGGCCUAUCCCCGUGCCUCUUUCCCUCUCUCCCUCUUCGUGGCCUAUCCCCGUGCCUCUUUCCCUCUCUCCCUCUUCGUGGCCUAUCCCCGUGCCUCUUUCCCUCUCUCCCUCUUCGUGGCCUAUCCCCGUGCCUCUUUCCCUCUCUCCCUCUUCGUGGCCUAUCCCCGUGCCUCUUUCCCUCUCUCCCUCUUCGUGGCCUAUCCCCGUGCCUCUUUCCCUCUCUCCCUCUUCGUGGCCUAUCCCCGUGCCUCUUUCCCUCUCUCCCUCUUCGUGGCCUAUCCCCGUGCCUCUUUCCCUCUCUCCCUCUUCGUGGCCUAUCCCCGUGCCUCUUUCCCUCUCUCCCUCUUUGUGGCCUAUCCCCGUGCCUCUUUCCCUGCCUGCACCUGUCCCCCUUGGCAGGAGGUGUGGGAGCGAACACGACUGAAACAGCAGGGGAAGGCCAAGGCGCCGUGCGGCGUGUCGGCCGAGUGGAGCCCCGAUGGCCGGCACAUUCUUGUUGCCACCACCGCGCCCCGCCUGCAAGUGGACAACGGCUUCAAGGUGUUCAAGUACGACAGCUCUCUGCUGCUGCACCGACCAUACGGACUCCUCUACCAGGCGGAGUGGGCGCCAGCACCAGAGGGCACGUAUGCCGACCGCCCUCCCUCUCCCCGCUCUGCGAAGAAAGACCAAGCCUCACCAGUGCAACCUCCAGCCACCAAGCCAGCGCCCUACCGCCCACCCAACGCGGCCCUCAUGACCUCCACCUUUCGAGCACAGAUGUCAGGCGAGGAUGACAAGCCGCACAGGAUAGGCGCGCCAAAGAAGUACAUCCCCCCCGGGGCGGAGUCAGCAGAGCUAUCUAAGAGCGCCAAGAAGAACGCCAAGAAGCGGGAGGCUGCCAAGGCCAAGAAGGACGCUGCUUCACCUGAUCAGGUCCGCUUUCAGGCUAGUCACGGCAAGCAGGCGAGCCAGCAGGCUCCUAAUGUGGCGGCACUUAGCAUUGACGAUGGGGCCAAGACACAGCCCGAGCAGCAAGCGUCACAAGGCGCAGGUGGCGGACCAGAUGAGGCAGCAGAGAAGGCCAAGAGAGUGCGCAAUCUGGGUAAGCGGCUGCGGCAGGUCACAGUCCUGAUCGCACUCCACUCUUCCCCUUUCCCCUCCCGUGCAGGGCAAGGAAGCGGCGCCGACGAGGCAGCGGAGAAGGCAAAAAGGGUGCGCAACCUGGGCAAGCGGCUGCGGCAGAUUGAGGAGUUGAAGGCGUGGGUGGCGGCAGCGGGAGGCAGCACGGUGGGGCUGGAUGCAGCACAGUUGGAGAAGUUAGGGCAGGAGGCAGCAGUGAGAGCUGAGCUGGCGAGCUUGCAGGGGUAG